UUUUUUUUUUUUUGUAGGGUUUGUACAUUCAAAAGCAGAUCGCGAGCAUGAUUGCGGUAGAUAAUGUCGGUUCUCCUGAAGCAGAACCUCCUCUCAGAAGACGCUGGGUCCUUCUCCUGCUUCUCCUGGUUCUUAUUUACGGUUCCCACGCUCCCCUCAUCUCGCUCACCAAAGUGGAUGGUCAGGUUCCCUUCAGCCCGUCGUCAUGUGUGGUUCUGAUCGAGUUGGCCAAGCUUCUGGUCUCAUUCGCCUCUCUGUUGGCAUCUGGGAAUCUUUCCGCCCUCAAAGUGUCAGUGUCUGUGACGACGGUGACGCCGUACGCCGUUCCUGCCGUGCUCUACGCUUUCAACAACAACCUGGUGGUGUUCAUGCAAGCCUACAUGGACCCUAGCUCCUUCCAAGUGCUCAGUAACCUGAAGAUCGUGUCCACCGCUCUCCUCUACUCGUCCUGCCUGGGAAAGCGUCUCCGGCGCGGGCAGUGGUUCGCUCUCGGGAUGCUCGUGGCCGCCGGCGUUUCUCACAGCUACUCCGGUUUAGAUCGGGAACCAUCGGAGGAGGACGAAUCCACCGGCAGGCUUCACGUCACAUCCUGGGGUUUGCUGUUGGUGCUUGUGUACUGUUUUAUCUCAGGAUUGGCUGCCGUCUACACCGAGCGGGUGCUGAAAACCCAACGGCUGCCUUUGAGUCUCCAAAAUUUGUUUCUGUACGUCUUCGGCGUGGCCAUCAAUCUGGCGUCGCAUGUGUCCGGCGGCGGGCGGCAGGGCUUUUUGGAGGGUUUCUCCACACUCGUUUGGCUCAUUAUCGCGGGACAGGCCGCUAACGGGCUCCUUAUGUCCGUCAUCAUGAAACACGGAACGGGAAUCACACGGCUCUUUGUCAUAUCUUCUGCUAUGCUGGUAAAUGGUGUGUUGUCUUGGGGGCUUCUGGGAAUACAGCUCACACCUUACUUCCUGUUUCCUGUUGUGCUGAUUGGAUGGGCUGUGUACCUGUAUUACAGGUAGAGCUGACGACACCAACAGCAAAAUUAAAUAAAUGGCCUUUACAUUGUCAGUUUACUAAAACAAAUUGUUGAAAUAUUUUUUUUGGAAGGUAUGUAAUUUUAUUAAGUUGACAGCAUAUCUGAGAUUAACACUUCACACAAAUAUUU